CUCUGUCCAUGUAUGAGCUGAGAGAAUCCAACGACUACUGCAGUUUAAUACUGUCUCAGCACUGUUCCUACUUCCAUUGGAGCCGGCCUCUUCUCAGAUAGGUGUGAGCAGUAAUGGGUGACUGGAGUCUUUUGGGAAACAUCCUUGAAGAAGUACAGGAGCACUCAACGAUAGUGGGAAAGGUCUGGCUCACUGUGGUAUUUAUUUUCCGUAUCCUGGUCCUGGGCACUGCAGCCGAGUCCUCCUGGGGAGAUGAGCAAAGCGAUUUUCAAUGCGACACCCUGCAGCCUGGUUGCACGAAUGUGUGCUAUGACAAGGCUUUCCCCAUCUCGCACAUCCGCUAUUGGGUUCUUCAGAUUAUAUUUGUUUCAACCCCCUCCCUCAUCUACAUGGGACAUGCUAUGCAUACAGUCCGCAUGGAGGAGAAAAAGAGACUGCGAGAGCAUGAAGACAGGGCCCAAAUAGGUGGCAAACAGUAUCUAGAAGACAAGGUGGAUGUAUCAAUGAAAGAAGAAGCCACUGUCAAGAUCAAGCUCAAGGGGACUUUACUCCAAACAUAUGUCUUCAGUAUCCUCAUCAGGACUGUUAUUGAGGUGGCUUUCAUUGUGGGUCAGUAUCUUAUUUAUGGGAUCUUCAUGAAACCCCUCUAUCACUGCCAUAAUUGGCCUUGCCCUAAUUCUGUGAACUGCUACAUGUCCAGGCCAACUGAGAAGAACGUCUUCAUAGUGUUCAUGCUUACUGUGGCAGUGUUCUCACUUUUUCUGAGUGUGGUGGAGCUUUACCAUCUUGGAUGGAAGAAGUUGAAGCAGUGUUUGAGAACCUACAACUCCUCCCCUAACCCUGCUGCAGCUGCCCCUAUUUCCAAGGAACCUGACACACCAGCCAGACCAUCCCAGGCUUGCACACCUCCACCAGAUUUUAGCCAGUGUUUGGUGGCGACCAAUGGCCGUUACAACCCUUUCAAUAACAAGCUGGCCCACCAGCAGAACUCUGCCAAUAUGGCCACAGAGCGUCACCAUAGUUGUGACAACUUGGAGGGUGAAGAUUUUCUCCAAAUGCACUACCUGCAAGAAAGUGAGACCUCCAAUAGUUCAGCUGCCCCUCCUGGGCAUGAGAACCUUUUUAAGGAUAAACGUAGACUAAGCAAGGCCAGCGGGUACAGUAGCAGAGUGAGAUCUGAUGACCUAGCAGUAUAAUCCUAAAUGCUGAAGCCAACCCAUUUAUCCCUCUGGAUUGAUUUAUUGCACUGUAAUAUUGUCAACUUUCCCUUCCUAUUAGAGUGCUGGUCGGUCUACAAGAGAAAACUCAAAUUUGGAAUCAAAUAUUACUGUAUGUCAACAAUAGCUAUGGAUUUAACCAAUAAAGACAGGCAUUUAAUGUAACCCUUUUAAAAUAAGGAUCAUAGAUAGCCUUUCUGAGAUGUGCAGUGGUUCACAGUGUAGAACUAAUACAUUGUAACGAGGAGAAACACAUUAUUAAUACAAAACUAUCUUCUCUUUACGACCUACCAGCAUCUAUAUAUUAAUUAACAAUGGGCUGAUGAGGCACUAACUAUUACAAAACAUAUAUAUUCUCCCCUUACAGGGAUGCCUAAAUUCUACUUUACUUUCCAAAUCAGGGAUACAUUCUAAAUACAGCAAUUUCAGUUUGAUAUAUUCUCAUCCUCAAAAUGAACUUAAAGCCAGAUGAAAAGCCCUUAUCAAUUGUUAUUUAAUACAUUACAAAGAUUGGUUACCUUGCAUAAUAACUCAACCCACAUAAAAAAACAGACAUACACAGAUGCAACUUUUUGUUGGUAGAUUUGAACACUGUCCUUAAACAGAAUAUACAGGGAACUACAAAUAUGUGAACUGUUCUUUUUCUAGAGUGUGUAUAACUAUCUAGCGUAUCCCCACACUCCUAAUGAUAAGAUAGUGAAGGUGGGAGAUUAACUUCAGCUACUGUAUUAAAACUAAGACACUCCAAACGAAGCUCUACCAAGCGGUUCUUUAUUAAUGGUUAUUUAUAAUCAUUUAAACUGUAAUAUGGACCCAAUCAUUCAAACUGUAGUUUGAAUCCGAGCAUUAAACCUGUAGAGCUGGGUCCAAACAAGUUGGAACAUUCUGGAUUUCUUCUUCUUGUUUUUUUUUUUUCUCUUUUUAUAUUUAACCACAUAAUAA